GAGGGAGGGGUUUGAUCCGCACCGGGAAGCUGGAGGCUCGGUGACGGUGAUGAUGCAGCCUCCGCCGAGUGAAGAAAGUCAGGCUGUCCCCAGACCGCGAUGGCUAUGGGUCUAACGUCGAAAAAAACCUCUUCUAGAAACAUCGGCGUGGAGCGCAAGAAUCUCAUCACCGUCUGCAGGUUUUCUGUGAAGACAUUGUUGGAAAAGUACACUGCUGAGCCUAUCGAUGACUCAUCAGAGGAAUUCAUCAACUUUGCAGCAAUUUUGGAGCACAUCCUCAGUCACCGCUUCAAAGGUCCUGGUGGUUGGUUCAGUUCAGAUGGCCAGAGGAGUUUUUGGGACUAUAUCCGUCUGGCCUGCAGUAAAGUCUACAACAACUGCAUCAGUAGCAUUGAGAGCAUUGAAAACAUUAGCACAUCGCGAGCAAAGGGACGAGCCUGGAUUCGUGUAGCUUUGAUGGAGAAGCGUUUGUCUGAAUAUGUAGCCAUUGCAUUAAGAGACACUCGAACUACCAGGCGAUUUUAUGAUGAUGGUGCUGUAAUGCUAAGAGAGGAGGCUACUGUACUAACAGGGAUGCUUAUUGGACUCAGUGCCAUUGACUUCAGUUUCUGUCUGAAAGGAGAGGUUUUGGAUGGGAAGACACCUGCAGUUAUAGACUACACACCUUACCUGAAGUUCACUCAGAGCUAUGACUAUUUAAGCGAUGAAGAAGACCGUCGCAGUGUGGACAGCAGUGCCAGUGAUGAGAGUUUAGCUGAGCAUCCUUACAUUCCUCUAGUCACAGACGAAGAAAACUGCAGUAACAAGUGCCGAAAAAUGGAGCAACGAUUCAAGAUUGUUUAUGCUCAAAAGGGUUAUUUGGAGGAACUGGUGCGCUUGAGGGAGUCGCAGCUGAAAAAUGUAGAAACUGAGAACAAGAGGCUAGAUGCUAAACUAGAGGAACUGCAGGUCCAGAGUCAACAAGAGAAGAAAGAACUGGAGGCCAUCAUACUGGAGCUACAAGCACAAAUCACUGGCAUCAUUCCUUGUGAGCCUUCCCAUUUGGUAAAAGGGCUAUCUAUUCCACUAAUUAACCAGUGGGCAACUGCACAAGCCACAAACAACCAAGGAAAUGUAAAGCUGUUUCGUAGGAGAAGUUUCCACAGUUUGGAUCUCUCGGCUGAUUUAAGUUUGAAUUCUGACUCCCAAAAAGAUGAUGGCCAACAAAAUGGAGACACAGCCUGGUCAGCAGCAAAAGACAACACUCCCUCUAUGCUUGGUCUAUGUGGUUCUUUGGCUUCUCUUCCCAGCUGUAAGUCUUUGGCAAGUCUUAAAUCCAGUGAGUAUUUGGUCAACAUCAGCACAGAGCCAAGUCCUGCCCUGUCCCCCAGCUAGAGGACGCCAAUUCAACCAACAAGACAGCUGUACUUUACUCCAAAGAAACAUACAGUAAACAACCAUCCAACUAACCCUCCUUCCCCCAAUGUGAAUUGACCAAUAUAUAAUAUAUUAUAGGUAUGCUGCACAAGGGUAUUUUCCAAGUUUUUAACCCCUUCAGAUCUGAAUUAUGUUCCAAGUUUCAGAAAAAUGUAGAAGUAUUUUUCCCUGUUCUUAAGGCUUCCAUAAAUAACACCAAAUAAAAUAAUAAAAAUGUCAAUAAUCUUUAAUUUACUUUGGUUGUCCAUUUUAAUGGACAUCAGGGGUCUGUUCUUCGUACGUGGAUUACUCAAUUAGCUGGAUUUGGAUAUUGAUGAUUUGACAUGAUCCAGGAUCGUUUUGUUCUUCAAAAUUCAUUCGAGAGUUGUUGUCAUAGCAACAGUUCUGGUAGUUCAAACCUGCUCAAAUGCAGAUUUAUUUCAUAUACACAGGAUUAGAUCAGCUCGUUUCAAGCAAAGGUAAUACUGAAAGUAUGAACCAAAUGCUGAGAUUUUCUUACAGUAGUAACCUAUAGAUUAUAUAC